AUGAGGACCACUUCAGUACCAACGUUCCUGUCAGAAGAUGGAUUACUGUUCAGAAGGCAAAGCGGAGCUAGCCCUGUGCUACCCCUUUGCACUCCUUUCGGCAAUUCACCCGUAAUACAAACCACCGCUGAAGUUGAGCUUCUGGCCCAAAUAACUUCUCUUCAGCAGGACAUGGCUAAACUUCAAGAACAUAACAACCUAUUCUUGUCCAAAGUGGACGAAACACAGCACCUGCUUAAUCAGCAGCACACGCAUAACAUUCAAACCACCAAAUCUUCCUAG